GUGUUUGAGCGGUGAGGCGGGGGAGGUAGCCUGCUGCCAUGUAUGCGGUCUACAAGCAGGCGCACCCUCCCACGGGGCUGGAGUUCUCCAUGUACUGCAAUUUCUUCUCCAACGCCGAGCGCAACUUGGUGGUGGCAGGGACCUCUCAGCUGUACGUUUACAGGCUCAACCAUGACUCUGAGUCUGCCACCAAAAGCGACAGGAGCACAGAGGGCAAAAGUCACAAGGAGAAACUGGAGCUGGUGGCUGCCUUUUCCUUCUUCGGGAACGUCAUGUCCAUGGCCAGUGUCCAGCUUGCGGGAGCCAAGAGAGAUGCCCUCCUCCUCAGCUUCAAAGAUGCCAAGCUCUCCGUGGUGGAAUACGACCCUGGCACCCAUGACCUGAAAACACUUUCCCUUCAUUACUUUGAGGAGCCAGAACUGAGGGAUGGCUUUGUGCAAAAUGUCCACAUCCCCAAAGUGCGGGUGGACCCCGAUGGCCGGUGCGCGGUUAUGCUCAUCUACGGCACGCGACUGGUGGUGCUGCCCUUCCGGAGGGACACGCUGACCGAUGAGCACGAAGGUGUCGUGGGAGAAGGCCAGAAGUCCAGUUUCCUUCCCAGCUACAUCAUCGACGUGCGGGAGCUGGACGAGAAGCUGCUCAACAUCAUUGACAUGCAGUUCCUCUACGGCUACUACGAGCCCACCCUCCUCAUCCUCUUCGAGCCCAACCAGACCUGGCCUGGGCGUGUUGCCGUGCGCCAGGACACUUGCAGCAUUGUGGCCAUCUCCCUGAACAUCAUGCAGAAGGUCCACCCGGUCAUCUGGUCCCUGAGCAACCUGCCCUUUGAUUGCACACAGGCCCUUGCUGUGCCCAAGCCCAUCGGUGGUGUUGUAAUCUUUGCAGUGAACUCAUUGUUGUACCUGAACCAGAGCGUGCCGCCUUAUGGAGUGUCCCUCAACAGCCUCACCAACGGCACCACCGUCUUCCCAUUAAGGAUCCAAGAAGGGGUGAAAAUCACUUUGGACUGCGCUCAGGCUGCCUUCAUCUCCUACGACAAGAUGGUGAUCUCCUUGAAAGGAGGGGAGAUCUACGUGCUGACCCUCAUCACCGAUGGCAUGCGGAGUGUCCGAUCCUUCCAUUUUGACAAGGCAGCUGCCAGUGUCCUCACCACUUGUAUGAUCACCAUGGAUCCAGGCUACCUCUUCCUGGGAUCACGGCUGGGCAACUCCCUCCUUCUCAGGUACACCGAGAAACUGCAGGAGCCCCCCGUAAACACAGCUAAGGACGCUACGGAGAAAGCGGAAGAGCCUCCUGUCAAGAAGAAACGUGUGGAGCAGCAGGCAAACUGGCCAGGGGGAAAGUCCGCUCCUCAGGACGAGGUGGAUGAGAUCGAGGUGUACGGCAGCGAAGCCCAGUCUGGAACCCAACUUUCCACUUACUCUUUUGAGGUGUGCGACAGCAUCCUGAACAUUGGUCCUUGUGCCAAUGCCGCCAUGGGUGAACCUGCUUUUCUAUCUGAGGAGUUCCAGAACAGCCUUGAGCCUGACCUGGAAAUUGUGGUCUGCUCCGGCUACGGCAAGAACGGUGCCCUUUCGGUCCUGCAGAAAAGCAUCCGGCCGCAGGUAGUGACCACUUUUGAACUCCCUGGCUGCUAUGACAUGUGGACGGUGAUUGCGCCCCAGAAGACGGAAGCCCCAGUGCAGGAGGAAGAUGCUCAGGGGGAAAACACAGAGAAGGAGCCGUCUCCGCCAGAGCCGCCAGACGAUGGGAAGAGGCACGGGUUCCUCAUCCUGAGCCGGGAGGACUCCACCAUGAUCCUGCAGACCGGCCAGGAGAUCAUGGAGCUGGACACGAGCGGCUUUGCCACCCAGGGCCCCACGGUCUAUGCAGGGAACAUUGGGGAGAACCGCUACAUUGUGCAGGUCUCCCCCCUGGGCAUCCGGCUGCUGGAAGGAGUGAAUCAGCUGCACUUCAUCCCCGUGGAUUUGGGCUCCCCCAUCGUCCAGUGCGCUGUGGCCGAUCCCUACGUGGUCAUCAUGAGCUCCGAGGGGCAGGUCACCAUGUUCGUACUGAAGAGUGAUACCUAUGGCGGCCGGACCCACCGUCUCACCUUGCAGAAGCCCCAGUUGCACCAUCAAUCAAAGGUGAUCGCGCUCUGCGUCUACCGGGACGUCAGUGGGAUGUUCACCACUGAGAGCCAUUCAUCUGGAUCCCGAGAUGAAUUCUCCAUGAGGAGUCAGUCGGAAUCGGAGGCUCCCAUUCAGGAUAUCAGCAACACAGUGGACGAUGAGGAAGAAAUGCUCUACGGAGAAUCCGGUUCCCUUUUCAGCCCCAACAAGGAGGAACCCCGCCGGUCAAGCCUGCCUUCAGCUGACAAGGACCCCCACCAGUACAAGGCGGAGCCCACCCACUGGUGUGUGCUGGUGCGGGAGAACGGGACCAUGGAGAUCUACCAGCUGCCGGAGUGGCGCCUGGUCUUCCUGGUGAAGAACUUCCCCAUGGGGCAGCGGGUGCUGGUGGACAGCUCCUUUGGGCAGCCGGCCAGCCAGGCCGAGGCCAAGAAGGAGGAGGUCAUCCGCCAGACCGAGAUGCCGCUGGUCAAGGAGGUGCUCCUGGUUGCCUUGGGAAACCGACAGAGCCGCCCAUACCUACUGGUCCACGUGGAUCAGGAGCUGCUCAUCUACGAAGCCUUCAACCACGACUCCCAGCUGGGACAGACCAACCUCAAAGUCCGCUUCAAGAAAGUCCCUCACAAUAUUAACUUCCGGGAGAAGAAGCCCCGUCCGUCCAAGAAGAAGCCGGAGAGCGCAGGAGGAGAUGAAGCGAGUGUCCCGAGGGGUCGGGUGGCCCGCUUCCGCUACUUCGAAGACAUCUAUGGUUACUCGGGGGUGUUCAUCUGUGGGCCUUCUCCCCACUGGCUGCUGGUAACCUCUCGGGGGGCCCUGCGCCUGCACCCCAUGACCAUCGAUGGCCCCAUCGAGUCCUUUGCCCCCUUCCACAACGUCAACUGCCCCAAAGGUUUCCUCUACUUCAACCGACAGGGGGAGCUGCGCAUCAGCGUCUUGCCCGCCUACCUUUCCUACGAUGCGCCUUGGCCGGUCCGGAAGAUCCCUCUCCGCUGCACGGUGCAUUACGUCUCAUACCACGUGGAGUCCAAGGUCUAUGCCGUGGCCACCAGCAUCAACAACGCUUGCACACGUAUCCCUCGCAUGACGGGGGAGGAGAAGGAGUUUGAGACCAUCGAGCGAGAUGACCGCUACAUCCAUCCGCUGCAGGAGGCCUUUUCCAUCCAGUUGAUCUCUCCGGUCAGUUGGGAGACCAUCCCAAACACCAGAAUCGACCUGGAGGAGUGGGAGCACGUGACCUGCAUGAAGACGGUGUCCUUGAAGAGUGAGGAGACCGUCUCCGGCCUGAAGGGCUACAUCGCCAUCGGGACCUGCCUCAUGCAAGGAGAGGAGGUGACCUGCCGGGGAAGGAUCUUGAUCAUGGACAUUAUCGAAGUGGUUCCGGAGCCCGGACAGCCCCUCACCAAGAACAAGUUCAAGGUGCUCUACGAGAAGGAGCAGAAGGGGCCCGUGACCGCCCUCUGCCACUGCAACGGCUACCUGGUGUCCGCCAUUGGCCAGAAGAUCUUCCUUUGGAGCCUGAAGGACAACGACCUGACCGGGAUGGCCUUCAUCGACACGCAGCUCUACAUCCACCAGAUGAUCAGUGUCAAGAACUUCAUCCUGGCCGCCGACGUCAUGAAGAGCAUCUCAUUGCUGCGCUACCAGGAGGAGAGCAAAACCCUGUCCCUUGUCAGCCGGGAUGCCAAACCUUUAGAAGUGUACUGUGUGGACUUCAUGGUGGACAAUUCCCAGCUAGGAUUCCUGGUGUCCGACAGGGACCGGAACCUCCUGGUCUACAUGUACCUGCCGGAAGCGAAGGAGAGCUUUGGCGGGAUGCGGCUCCUCCGCCGGGCGGAUUUCCACGUGGGCGCCCACGUCAACGCCUUCUGGAGGACGCCGUGCCGAGGGGCCAUGGAAGGCCCCACCAAGAAGUCCAGCGCGUGGGAGAACAAGCACAUCACCUGGUUCGCCACUCUGGAUGGUGGGGUCGGGCUGUUGCUCCCAAUGCAGGAGAAGACCUACCGGCGGCUGCUGAUGCUCCAGAAUGCGCUGACCACAAUGCUGCCUCACCACGCAGGGCUCAACCCUCGCGCAUUUAGGAUGCUGCACAUGGACCGGCGCAUCUUGCAAAACGCGGUGCGCAACAUCCUGGACGGGGAGCUGCUGAACCGCUACCUGUACCUGAGCACCAUGGAGCGUAGCGAGCUGGCCAAGAAGAUCGGCACCACCCCGGAUAUUAUCCUGGAAGAUUUACUGGAGAUCGACCGCGUCACGGCUCACUUCUAAGUAUCCCUCCUGGACCCUCCGCUUCGUUAACUCUUUGUAAAGUCUUUCCGACAUGGCUCUUUAUCUAUUUGUUCCUGUUAGUGUUUUCCUUUUUUCUAUAACAGUGGCAAACGUUUGUAAAAAAAAUAAAUACAAUUUUUCCAAUGAC